GGCAAAGACAUCACGCUCCCAAACUCGUCCAAAGAAUCAUUGAAGGAGAUCACAGUGGGUUUCAUAAUGAGGACCAAAGUCCACGGGUUGAAGUUCAUUUUCUCCCCGGACAAAACCAAACUGCAGCGUGUGACAUGGAUCAUGGCCUUUUUCCUCUGCAUCGCCCUCCUCCUCACCUGGUCCAGAAACCGAGUCCUCUACCUGAUGUCCUACCCUGCCGUCACCAAGAUCUAUAUGGUGUGGGCUCACAACAUGUCCUUCCCCGCGGUUACCUUCUGUAAUAAGAACGUCUUCCGGGCGUCCGGUCUGACCAGGGAGGACCUGUAUCACAGCGGCUACUGGAUAGACCUUAUGUACGCCAACCACACGGUGAUGGAGAGGAGUCUGGCCAUCCUGAAGGAGAGCCACAAACAGGGUUUAGUCAGCCUGCUGGACUUCAACAACUACACCCAGCCUGCCGGUUACCGCGUUAACACCACCGAGAUGAUGGGUCGCCUCGGGCACCAGCUGGAUGACAUGCUGCUACAGUGCUGGUUUCGCGGCGAUACCUGCACCUCCAGGAACUUCAGCACAGUAUGUAUGAAGAGAUAACAUGAUGGUAUGAGCAACGUUCCCUCUGAAGUGCGCGCAAUUUCGCACCACUCUCACGUCCUCUGCUCACAGCAAAUCGAUGCCGCGCA